UCUACAAAUCAUGUCAAUUAUCUUUUUCCAUUUUUACCUUCUAAUUAAAGGAAUACAACUCCCUAUAUAGAGUUGUAUUGAAGUGGGAUUUUCAGUUUUUUUUUAUUUUUUUUUAUUUUAUAAAAUCUUGUAUUUAUUCAGCUUAAACUUCUUAUUUCCUAGUUUCUUUCCCCUUUCAUCACUGAUCUUUUCUUGAAAAUAUGGUUUCUUUUUACUGUACAAUUCUAGUUUUCGUCUUCAUGGGGUUAGUUGAACUAGGAAAUGCAAGAUUUCAUAGUGAUUAUCAGUGGAAACAGGAAAAUUUGAACUAUCCAACAGUGUAUGUGGAUUCAUCUGGACAUGGAAAUUUCCCAACUAUUCAAUCUGCCAUUGAUUCUGUGCCUCAGAAUAACCAGAAUUGGAUUUGUAUUAUCAUCAAAGCUGGACAGUAUAGAGAACAAGUGAAAAUUCCUAGAGAGAAGCCAUAUAUUUAUCUCAAAGGAGAAGAAAGUGGAAAAACAAGUAUAACUUGGGAUGCUCAUGAGUCAAUUGCUACAGAUGCUACUUUCACUUCUGAGGCUGACAAUACAAUUGUGGAAAGUAUAACCAUCAUAAAUUCUUACAAUUAUCCUCCGAAAAGCAACAAUAAUCCGAGGGUGGUGGCAGUGGCAGCCAUGAUUUCCGGUGACAAAUCUUUUUUUUAUAAGUGUGAAUUUCUUGGAUUACAAGACACAUUAUGGGAUGUUCAAGGAAGACAUUAUUUCAAGCUUUGCACCAUUGAAGGAGCUGUUGAUUUCAUCUUUGGUAAUGGCCAAUCUAUUUAUGAGAGUUGUACAAUAUCAGUAAAUGCAGGAGCUUUAGAUGGAUUAGUAGGAUACAUAACAGCACAAGCAAGAUCAAACCCUAAUGAUAGAAGUGGAUUUGUGUUCAAGAAUUGUAAUGUGAUUGGCAAUGGACAAGCAUUCUUGGGUAGGCCAUGGAGAGACUAUGCAAGGGUUAUAUUCUAUGAUUGUUCCAUGUCUAAUGUCAUCACUCCUGAGGGUUGGGCUGCUGGAAGAUAUGUUGGCAAAGAGAAACAAUUAACAUUUGCCGAGGGAAGUUGCAAAGGAAUGGGAUCAAACUAUUUAAAAAGAGUAGCAUGGGAAGCAAAAUUGAGCCAACAAGAGUUACAACAAUUAACAAGUCUCUCCUUUAUUGAUGAUGAGGGUUGGAUUACCAAACAACCCCUAAAAGUACUUCUAUAGUUAAAUUGAUUAGCUUAGCCAACAUGUAUAGUACUCAUAUGCACAAUUAGUAUUAGUUUGUUCUUUCUCUUUGGUGAUGAAAAGGCCACGUUUUUCAAUGCAAUUGCCCACUAACGUAUGGCGAUUUGCAUUAAUAGGCUAUAGUAUAUCCUGCCGGUAUUUAAAUGUUGUCCCCAGUUUUGACAAUGGUUCAUAAUUGACACUUUUAUG